AUGUCUGGAAUAGAGGUCGCAGGCCUUUUACUUGGUGCUUUGCCGAUCCUUUUCGCCGCCGUUGACUCCUCGAGGAGCACCAUCGAAAGAGGAAGACUGUUUUUUCGGACACGGUCGUACGUCAAGAAGCUCGCAGACGCGCUGCUCCUUCAACAGCAGAUCCUGGCUGAAACAACCAGGUCCCUUCUGCUUGCGAGCGGAUGCAGCGAUGUCCAUCUUAUGGAAAAUGACCCAGCUGGGUAUUUGAGCCAAGAGAGCAUCCAAGACCAACUACGCGAUUACCUAGGGCCUGAGAACACCAAGGCCCUCGAUGCAACGCUGAGCAUGAGCAAUGAAGCCGUUCAGAAAAUUGCCAGUUUUUUGUCAGGCGUAGUGCCUGGAGCCAAGGGCUGUGCAGACCUCCAUCAGAUCAUAACAUCAAAUCAAGGCGUGGACAGCCGGCGCCCAGACCUGAUCCCCAGAGUGAAGCUCGUGUUCGGGGUGAGUGAGCUCAAAGCUACCAUUCGCGAUAUCGACGAUACAACAAAUACCCUCACUCGCUUUUCGAACCUCGUUAUAUCGAAUCGACGAGAUGCGGGGGACUCCCCAUCCAGGAAGGCUACCAAGCUGGCGAAAGUCCUUCGUCAGGUUCGCGGUUCUGCCAACGAUCUUUAUCACGCCAUCCAUCGCGGUCUUGGGGCUGGAUGCCACAGUACACACGAGACACAAUUGAUGCUUGAGGAUCGAAUCGACACUUCAACCUCUGCUCGGGGCGUUUCCCAAGAUAUAACCUUUCGGCUUCUUUUCGCAGCCGACGCCGGUCAUAGGCGCAUUUGUCAUGAAGCGAUGGUGCAAGUGCUGAAGGGCGAAUCCCGAGACGAUGAACUAUUUCCUGCCCGAUCCUCGCAAGUCUCGCGCGUAACGCUUGUCGUUCCUGAGGCUACUCCAGGCCCAGCGAUUACUCUGGUUCACAAUCUAUGUGCUGCUAUCAACACUGCUGGAUGUAUGGAGCCGCAUGUCACCUUUGUGUUAAGCAACGGCGCUCAAUUUGGAACAAUCGCUGCGGUCAAGAAAACGGUCAUCCCGUGUCUGACAUCCGAUCUUGUCAGUCUAAAGGCUCUUUUACUCCGUGAUCAACAGGGCAAUCCACAUACCACAGCCCUUCCCCUGAAACACCGCAUGCUCCUUGCGCUCAAACUUGCAUCAAACCUCCUCCAGCUUUUGCAGACCCAGUGGCUACCCAAGACCUGGUCGAAAGAUAUGAUCCUGUUUCUCCGACCGCAGCAGCGAAUUGAUUGCACCCGGCCUUUCAUAUCGCUCACCCUUGACAACGAGCCGAUUCGCACCUUUGCAGAGGUAGAACCGAAGCUCGCCCUCCUUGAUCUUGGUAUCUUGCUUCUGGAGAUUUGGCACAAUCAAAGUCUCGAGUUUCAUUUCUGCUUGGCGGACACUCCAGUUGGAUAUUAUGAGCGAUUGACCUGGGCCUUGAAGUGGUUGGAAGAUGGCGACGAUCCGUUACCCGAAUUGUAUGACAAGGCGGUCUCAUAUUGUAUAGUUGGCGUUCUCAACUCCGAAGUGCGUACUCGAGGAUGGGAAGAUCCGAAAUUUGGUGACGCUGUUUGUGCAAAUGUCGUAGAGCCUCUGUCACAGAGUUGUAAGCAGUGGCGGUGA